AUGUCGAACCCUUUUCCUGACCCGCCUUCACGAACCUCCUUCUCUUCCGGGCGCUCGCGCUCGUCUUCGAACCUCCCCGCCGAUGCUCGACGGCCUUCCGGCUCUUCGCAGUCGGGGGCGAAUGCGCAAGACCCGUACUCGCCGACCAGCUCGCGCAACCAGUCGUUCAGCUCGGCGAACGGCGCACUGCCAGGCGCGAGCGGAUCUGGGCUCGUCUUUCCCGGUCCAGCGCAAGGCUCGCGAGGUGGUAUGACGGGGCGACAGACAAGCGACCAUAUUGGCGAGGACGACGAGGAGCAAGAGUCGCUCUCGCCGUCGCAGAUCGCGUACCAGCAGUACUUUCCCGGCCCGCCACCCUCGUCGACUCCGCUUCCGCAGCGCGAGAUUGAUCCGGCACAGUACCCUCUCCCUACGUCUCGCCAGCAAAGCAUCGACUCGAACGCCGGGGGGACUUCCUUCGACAUCCCGACUUUCUCCAUGCCUUUUCCUCCUCCGCCUCAUCACCCGUCGUCAUCCUCGUACGCUCUGAAUCGCGACCCUCCGACGCCAUCGUCGCUGUCGCGUUCACACCUCGCCGCACCCGGUCUGCACAAGACGCCUUCCUCCUCGUCCCUCUCCCGCUCGCCCUCGAACAACAGCGCAGGCGGCGUGACCGGCUCAUCUUACUCCUACGACCAGAACGGCACCUCGCCUGCAAUGCCUCAGCGAAGCCUGGCAGGCACGGUUGAUCCCUCGCCAAACCCGAGCCAGUCCAGCUCCAACGCCCCGUCCGGAUCCGUCUCCUACGACCCAUUCGGUCCGGUUCGCGCUGUCUCGCCUACCUCGUCAUCCUCACGACUACCUGAAAACGAUUUUGAACGACGAGGAAAAGGACUAGGGUUGGGAAGGGGAAUCAUGGGCGACCAAGCGGGUGCGCAGCCCGAACGGCCCUCAACUGGGAUGGACACUCGCAGACCGAGCUUGGCGACUGUUGCAGGUGGAGGGUACAGUGAGCUCGGGCAGUUGAGUGUCGCGCCGACGCAGGAACAGCAGGAGGAUCUCGUGCCGACUGGGUUUGACGAGGGCGUGUUGAGGGCGCUGUGCGACAUGGACUGCGGCACGCCUCUGCUCCUCGAGCGGAUGAAGCAGAGCAUGGCGUCAUGUCGAGAAGCGUCCAACUUUCUUAAGAAGCGGGCGCAGAUCGAGGAGGAGUAUGCGCGGCAAAUGGCCAAGCUCGCCAAGUCGAGCAUCGAGAGCUACAGUGUUGGCGACGGCAAGGCUGGCUCCUACGUCAACUCGUGGAUCUCGAUUCUCCGCACGCACGAGCUCCUCGGCGACAACCGGCUCAAGUUUGCGUCGCAGCUGAACGAGAUGAGCGACGAGCUUGCGACGGUCGGCAAGGAGGUCGACAAGAGUCGGAAGGCGACGAAGGAGCUCGGCGCGAGGCUUGAGAAGGGGCUGCAGGAGCAGGAGAGUCUGGUCGACAAGGCCCGCAUCCGCUUCGACUCGGCCGCCGAAGAACUCGAGCGGCUGCUCGUCCUCAAGCAGGGCGAGGUGGUCACGCCGUCGUCAGUCCCGCACUCCGGCUCGUCCGCCGCCGACAAGUCGAAAGGGCGCUCGUUCGGCAAGGCCAUGUCGAAGCUCAAGGGUCCGAAGAACGCGGCGCAGAUCGCCAAGCAGGAGGAGGAGGUGCGGAGCCGGAUGGGCCAAAGUUCAGAUGCGUACCGUGCGCAGGUCGCCGGUGCGCAGUCGGUCAGGCAGGAGUACUUCAAUCUCCAGCUGCCGCGGAUACUCAGGUCUCUCAAGGAAAGCGUCGACGAGCUGGAUCUCGGUACGCAAUACCACCUCUCUCGUUACGCCUACAUCUUCGAAAGCCUCCUCGUCACCGACGGCCUGACCGUCUCGCCCGUCACAAUCGAGGACGGUCCGGGCAUCAAGGCGGUCAUCGACGCGGUCGACGUGCGGGAAGACUUCAAGACGUUCAUGCAGCAGUAUGCGCUCAACUGGCAGAUGUCGGGUCAGCGUGGACCCCGGCGAGAUGGGCCGGCCGAGGAGGGAUUCCCCGCCCGACCAAGCCUCUCACCUCAGCCCUCGAGCAACAACGUCGGCUCGCAGUCAUUCGCCUCCAUCCCUGCAGCCGCGGUUUCGCAGCCCACCUUCGGCGUCGACCUCGGCGAGCAGAUGGCGCGCGACAAUGUCGAAGUCCCGCGGAUACUCGAGAAGUGUGCCGAGGCGAUCGAGAUACACGGACUCGACUCAAUGGGCAUCUACCGGCUCAGCGGGACGACGAGCAGGGUGCAGCGGUUGAAGACUGCGCUCGAUCGAGACCUCGAAGGCACCGACUUGCUCUCCGACGAAAACUUGAGCGACAUCAACGACAUUGCGGCCGUCCUCAAGCUCUGGUUCCGCGAGUUGCCCGAACCGCUCCUCACAUGGGAGCUCUACCACCAGUUCAUCGAUGCAGCGAAAAUCGAGAACGACCGCCUCCGCCAUAUCCGCCUGCACGAGCGCGUCAACGACCUGCCCGACCCGAACUACGCUACGCUCAAGUUCCUCAUGGGCCACCUCGACAAAGUCGCCGCGCUCGAACACCUCAACCAGAUGAGCGUCUCGAACUUGUCGAUCGUCUUUGGGCCGAAUCUGCUCGGUGCGCCGCCGGCUCAUUUGGCGGGGAUGUAUCCGCCCCCUGGUGGUGCGGACGGCGCGAAUGGGGCGACGACAGGAGGGGGACUGCAGGACAUGCAGUGGCAGUGCAAGUGCAUAGAGACGAUCCUCUCGCAUUACCAGGAGAUCUUUGUCGAGUGA